AUGGGUCUUUGGUUUGAAGAGCUAUAUACUGUCCUUUGGUCUAUCAGGACCACUACUAAGAAUUUAACGGGAGAAUCACCUUUCAUGCUAGUAUACGGAGCUGAAGCGGUUCUUCCAAUUGAUAUAUCUUAUGGAACUCCAGUCGUUGCUCUUGAUGAGUACAUCAAGAUUGGUGAGAGCACGACUAUGGAGUGUCUAUUUAAAUUUUGUCGUGGUGUUAUUGAAAUAUUUGGAAAGGUGUACAUGAGAGGUCCCAAUGCUAAUGAUGACCAACGAUUGCUUAAAAUGCAUGAGGAAUACCAUGGCUUUUCGGGCAUGCUUGGAAGUCUCGAUUGUGUUGCUGGAUCAUACAACGACCUUAAUGUGCUAUGUAGAUCAAAUUUGUUUCAAGAGAAAUUGCAAGGACGAGCUCCGGAGGUUAAUUUUACCAUUAAUGGCACCAAGUAUGAAAUGGGAUAUUAUCUAGUUGACGAUAUAUAUCCUGAGUGGGCUGCAUUUGUUAAAAAAAUUUCACAUCCUCGAGACCCAAAGAGGCUUUUGUUUAAGAAAAAGCAAGAGAGUGCAAGGAAAGAUGUUGAGAGGGCAUUUGGGGUAUUCCAAUAUCGUUUUGCUAUAGUUUGUGGGCCUGCACGUUGUUAG